AUGGUGUUUAUGAAUCUCAUUAGACACUCAAAGUAUCCUACUAACUAUAGAGACAAGAUCCAAUUCUUUCAAAACUCAUACUUAAAUCAUUAUACCACAUCCCUUGUACGAUAUAAUUUCUUCUACAAUAGACGAUGGGAUAAUGAAGGACCUCAUCCAUCAAAUCCUGGAGAAAGUCAUUUCUUAAGUAUUGAUAAUGGUCAUUAUGGAUUAUACUAUUCAAUGUAUAAUCAUGAUGCUGAAAGGAAACAACAACAAUUUGAAGAUGAACGAUACAUUUUAGAAUAUUUACUUCGUGAGAGUAAACGAUUUCAAUGUACGUUAUGGUGUGAAAAUGUAUCACAAUUAAAGAAAUCAACCGUCAUAUUUAUUCAACAAUUUAAUUUAGAUAUUAAUCAUAGUUUUGAUACAUUAAAGAGAUUCUUAUACACUUCGUUAAGUUCGAAUCAUAGUCAUAUUAAAUUCACUAAACCUUAUCAAUCUCAAUAUCAAUUUAAUCAAGUCCGUCAUUUCACUACUACCACCACCAAAAAGGAUGCAGUAACCGAAGAUGCUAAAAUAAUAGAAUUAAUCGAUGAAUCAUCAGCUCCAAAACCAACUAAAACUUUUGAACAAUCGCUAUUAGAUACCCAAAUAGCUGGUAUAACCCAGAUUUAUUCAACUUAUACUCAACCUGAAGAUUUAAAUAUGAUUUAUCCAUUAUAUCAAUCAUUAAAGAGAAAUCAAUUAACUUUACCAAAUAUUGAAUUAUAUAAUAUAGUAUUAAAUUCCAUCAUUAAACGAUCAUUAGAUUCGGAAUUUAGUUUGGAAGCUAUUGAAAAUAAAUUAACUACUUUAUUAACUAUUUAUCAAGAUAUAUUAACUAGUGGUUUAAAACCAAAUCAUGAUACUUAUAAUUUAAUUUUAAAUACUUUAUUAGAAGGUGCCAUAGAUUGUCAUAAUUUAACAUCAAAUAAUCAACUUCAUUACGCUGAAAUUAUAACUAAACGACAAGAAUUUAGUAAAAUUGCUAUUGAUUUAUAUUCUUCAAUAAUGUCAUUAGAUAAAGUUGAUUUAUCAUUAAUAAUUCCUAAAUUGGUUAAUGUAUUAAAUAUUAAUCCUGAUUUAUUAAAUACAGAAGUUAUUGAAACUAUUGCUAAACAAAUUAAACAACUUGAAAUUCUUACAUUUGAAGAUUUAAAAUCAUUUAUUAAACUUAGUUCAAAUUUUACUCAAUUUAAUGUAUUUGAAGGAGAUUCAUCCCAAUUACUUAUUCAUGAUUAUAUUAAGAAUCUUUAUGAAAUUUAUUGUGAAUAUCAAAAUAAAGAUGCUGAUGAAUUUAUUAUUUAUUCUUUAUUAGUUGAAUCAUUAAUUCAUAAUAAACAAUUAUCAUUAGCUAGUCAAUUUCUUGAUGAUAUUUUAAUAGAUUAUAAGAAAUCAUUAUCUUUAGAUAAUACCCCAUCUAAACUUCAAUUAUCUAAUUUACUUUCAUCAUAUUUAAAGUCCAUUAUAAAUGUUGAACUGGAUAAAUUAUUUAAAGCUCAUGAAUUAAUUAAACAAUUUAAUAAUAUUAGUUAUUUACCGGAUUUAUCAGUUCAUGUUUAUAAUACAUUAAUAUCCAAAUAUCUUUGUGAAAUUCCCAUUAAUGAUAUUAAUGAUAAACAUUAUAAAAUAGUUUAUGAAUUAUAUGACUUUGUAGCUAUAAGAAAGGAUUAUCAAGAUACUAAAACCAUUCAAUUUAUGAAAGAAGAUGGAUAUAUUUGUCGAGAAUUAUUAUUAAAUAAAGCCAUUGAAUUAGGAGAUCAUGAAAGAAUCUUUCAAAUUUUAAAGGAAAUUUUAUUAAAAAAUCAUUUAAUUUAUGAUAUAAUGAUAUUUAAGAAUGUUCUUAAUUAUUUAUUUAAUGGAGUUCUUUAUAAUAGACCUGAUGAUGAACCAUUUAAUCAUUAUUAUUAUGGAUUAGUAUGGAAUUUAAUUGAAAAUCAAGCUGUACAUUAUGAAUCAAAUCCUCGAGAUCUUGCUGAUUAUCUUGCCGAAUAUCUUCAAUAUGUUAUAAUUCCUCCUUAUUCUGGUACAGUUAAUGGAAUUGAAGUGGAUAUAAAUAGGCAACAACAAAUCACGAAUUAUAAUAUUCAAUUAAUUAUGAAUUCAUUAUUUAUUAAUAAAUUAAUUGAUGAAAUCGAUAUUCAAAGAGAUAAUAUGUUUGGAUUAAUUACCAUUUCUAAAUUCUUAAUGUCAUAUAAUUCGGGAGGUGAUGGAAUUGAAAAUGAUAAUGAAAACCAUAAUUAUUCAACGACCAUGACAAAGAUUAUUGAAUUUCAAGCCAAAUUAAUUAAUCAAUUUGAAGAUUGUGAUAAUCAUUAUUUACAAUUAGGUGAAGAAGUUGAAACGUUUAGAGAUGAAUUAAUUAAUCAUUUUUCAACUUUAAUGAUUACUCAUGAUCAAUAUAAAUUGGAAUUAACUACGAGUAUGAUUGAAGCAUGUAAAUUACUUGGAAUUUCCAUAGAAGAUAAGAAUAAGAAUAAGAAAGGUUCAUUAAAUAAAUCAAAUUAUAAUGUGAAUUUAAGUUAUUUAUUAAAUGUUAAUUAUAAAUUGGGAAUUAAUAAAUUUAUUGAUUUAUUCUUUAAAGGAUAUAAUUUUAGUUGUAUGACAUGGGAAAUUAUAAUUAAUUAUAAUUUUAUUAAUGAAUAUUUAGAUCGAAAUUCUCAUAUUACCAGACGAGAAUUUAUUAAAAGAAUAUGGACCCUGAAUAUUGAUCAUGAUUUGAAAGUAGAAUUAAUGUCUCGAUUAAUGGCAUUAAGAAGUGAUAAAGUUAAUAUUAAAUUGAUAGAAAUGUUAAUGGAAAGUGAAUGGUUAAUAAGUAUGAUAAAUGGAAGUCCUAUUGAUAAUAAAUUACUUGGGAAUUUAUUUGCAGCUUGUCAAUCGAGUGAAAAUAUUCAAUUUAAGAAUCUUUUGAUUAAACCAGAAUUCUUUAAAUUAAUUUAUUCAAUUAAUCAGGAUUUGAAUUGGAUUGAUGAAUAUUUCAGUACAUUAAGUAAAUUUGAACGAUAUGAUAUUAUUAUUGAAUUAAUUAAUCAAUAUAAUUUGAAUCAACUUGAACUUAGUGCUUCGACAUUUCCCAUUUAUAAUUCUUAUUUAAAUGCUUUAUUAAAAACUGGAGAUAUGAGACAAUUCAGUCAAGUACUUGAACUAAUUUUAUCUACUAAUACUAAUCAUCUUGAGGUUUAUCGUAAAGAAAUCAUUGAAUUAUUAAUUGAAUAUAAUUUAAUUAAAUGUAUUAAUGAUAGUUAUGAUGGUCGACUUUUCCUACAAAUGUAUAUUAAGUAUUGUGAUUUAUCUCCAACCAUUAGACAAGGAUUAAGUUUACUUAAAUUACGUGAUAAUUUAAACAAUAAUAAGUUUGAUGAUAUAUAUUCAUAUAAACCGGCUAAAUCCAUUAAAGAAUUAUCUACAAGAAUCCUUGCUCAAGAUCUUGGAGGAAUGAAUAAAUUAUAUAAUGAUAAUUCUGAACUUUUACCUGAUCAUGGAGCUAAAAGUGAAUUAGUUCGCCAAUUAUUUGAUCAAUUAAAUAAAGCUAAAAAUCUUGGAAUUGAUAAUAAAGUUAUAAGAAAUAAAUUUAACACUAUGAUGAAAUUUUUACAAAUGAAUAAAUUCAGACAUUUAUCUUUCGAUAACUUAUUAGUGGCCAUUAAAUUACUUAGCAACAUGGGAGCUAAUGAUAUAUUAAAUUUCUUAAUUAAGAGAUUUAUUAAUCAUAAUAAUAAUCAAUUACUGUCCCUCAUUAAUUUCUACUUUAUGGAAGUUGAUUUAGUGGAAUCGAGUCAACAAAUGAAAUUAUUAAAUUGGAUGAAUGGAUCAUUUUAUUAUUUAAACGAUCCAGUUGUAAUUGAAGCUAUUGGACAAUUCUGUAAGGAAAAGUGUAUAAAGUUAACUGAAUUUAAUGAAACAAAGUUUCAGCAUCAGUUAACUUAA